UGCUGGGCUUUUUUCCUCUUCCUUGCAGCUUGCAUCUUUUUGCUAUUAUUGUUUAUGUUCUGCGUGGACCAACCCCUGGCUCUUGAUCCUUUCUCUACACCUACUAUCUCCUGCUUGUAUGUACAUACUUAGAAAAGUUGUUCUUUCCCCCACUGUUGGAUCCUGACUCCACCGCCAGUCUCGAUCACAUACCAGAACGUGAAUCCAUUCUGCAAGCUCACAACUUCUCUUCAACUUCUCCACACUCCUCCAACAUUUUACCAGUUAUCUACCGAUAAUCCGAUCGAAUUUCAAUCUCCUCUUCCCUAUCAGCGCAUGGUGCAUUCCGUGGAGUGGGGGAUCUCGAUAGAUCUCCUUUGGUAAUUCGACGUUCACUACCUCGAAAUCACCGUUUGGGAGAUCUUUUUGCUGGUUGGGCAAGCCAGAGCAUAACCAAAGACACCAUGUCGGGCAAUUCAGGGCUCACUGCUCCUGGUAGCAGCACCUAUUCUUCCAACACCCUGCAUGUUGGUGACGGAACAUGGGACUCAAGUCGCGACACGUUCCUUCUGCCCAAUCUCAUGGGGGUAAAUUUUGAGACAAUGCGGUAUAAUGGAAUGGGAAACCGAUUUCGAGAUAUGCCCGAGUACCACACUUUAAUCGUCGUUCAUGGUGUUAUCGCCGCAAUCGUGUUUCUGGGCCUCGUCCCCAUGUCCGUUCUAAUCAUUCGAUACUACUCGCGGCUGAACCCUCUCAUGGCCUUCAAAUAUCACGUUUGGUGUCAGGUACUUGCUCUCUUGUUGACUACUGUUGUCUUCGUCCUCGGCUGGUUUGCAGUUGGCCCGGAGAGAAGCCUCACAAACCCUCACCAUGGAAUCGGCCUUGCGAUUUAUGUUAUUAUCAUCUUUCAAGUUCUAUGGGGCUGGCUAGUCCAUAAAAUUGAGCGUGGAAAGAAGAGAUACCAUGUGCCUCUGAAACUAGUCAUUCAUCGAUGGCUAGGUCGUGCCCUUGUGAUACUAGGGAUUGUCCAGAUUCCGCUAGGACUAACUCUGUAUGGCUCACCAAAGUCGCUAUUCAUCCUCUUUUCACUCGCAGCCUUCGGGUUAUUAGCGGCAUUCUUCAUACUUUCAUAUCAAUAUGAUUCGGACCGUGGUCCUGUAGAAAGCGAUUACGAUAGCCGGUAUAGUUAUGUCUCCCGGCCUUCAGUUGAUGAACGCAGACAUAACAGCCUUGGCCGAAUGGCCGCGGCUGGAGCGGCUGGAGCCGGGUUGGCAGCUCUUUUCCGACGCCGAAACCGUGACCAUACCGAUCAUGCUUAUGAGAAUUCCCAAUCAUCAUACAUGGACGAGAAGUACUCUGAUGAAGGAUCACGUAGAGGCGGAUGGGGCAACCGACUUCUUAAAAUCGGUGCCCUUGGUGGAGGUGCUAUACUUGCCAAAAAGUUAUUCGAUCGAAGACGUGAUCGAGAGAGCGACACUGAGUCUGGCCGGUAUCGACCUGCUCAUAAUCGAACCGACAGCAUGACGGAGGAAAGUCUGAGCCGCCUAGAUGACGGUCGCCGGCCAGAACCCAGCUACCAGGCUCCAGCUGUCAAUCGCCCACCAAGUAGACCCCCAAGCAGGUCACAAAGUCCAGGAUCCUCAUACUAUGACUCUUAUCUCUCCCGAGAGGGCGAGGGCCAAUCUCAUGGAGUCCGAAAUACCAUUCUCGGGGCAGGCGCAUUGGCGGCGAUCAAAGGUCUCUUCUCGCGCCGCAAGAAGAAUGAUGAACAGCGCCGAGUGGAGGACCUACGGCAUCACGACCUUGAAAAUGAAAGAAUUGCCCGAGCAAGUAGCAACAAACGGAGGUAUACUGGAGAUGGGUACUACCCUCGGAGCAAAAGAACCGCCUCUUUCACUGCUACCGAUGCUUCCACUGAUUUAUCGCGCCCUCCUCGCCGUAAAACCCAAGGAGAGUCGGGCCUCUCGACGGCACUCCCCGUCUCAGGGGUUACUGGCCCACUCUCCGAUAUGCCUCCUGUUACAACUGCUCACACUGAUCUAGGCUCAGGUGUUACAGCACCCGCGCCACCACCCCCGCAACACGCGCCUGUUGAUCCUGCACCGGUGGCAGGCUCCAGUCACGCUGCCCGCCGUAGUAGCAGCCGACAGCGAGUUAGCAAUGCAGAAUCACCUCCCGUAUCGAUUGAGAUGAAGUUCCACGACGAUAAUCGACAUGUCACCCUGAGACGAUUAACCGAAGAGGAGGCAGCCGCUAGCCGUGAGGCAAGGCGCAGGGAUAGAAGAAGCUCCCGCCGUCGCACUGGCAGCGCCAGCUCCCUCUCCGGAAACGAAGGUAGCUAUGAUCGUUGGCGGCGUGUUGAAGAGCUCGAACGCCAGCAACAAGAGCAGAUGCAGCGAGAGCAAGCCGCAGCCAUGGCAGCUGCAUCCUCUCCACUACCGGGGCCACCAUUAGCUCCUGGACCUGCGCCUUCAGGUAUCAUACCUCCCGCCUCGACCGUCAUCCCUCCUUCAAACAUCAGCAACCUUCCACCUCCCCAGGCGCCAUCAAGCCUUCCAUACGGAGCGGGAAGUAUCGCAUCCCCGGGAACCGUCGCCGGGACUGAAGCCAGCGAGUAUGCCAGCAACCGACGACGAAGACGCGCAGAGAGAGCCCGAGCACGUCAGGAAAGACAACAGCAUAGUGUUGAAUUCACCUAA